UUUGUUUCUCUAGUUGUGAUUAUAUCAAAAACGCGUUGUUGCAGUGACCAUAGACCCGCACGAACCUAUAAUCCUAAUUACAUUAAUUACAAGCAUAUUACCCACCUUUUGCAUUAAACUCAUCAAAAUGGGGAAACGCCAGCAUCAAAAAGAUAAAAUGUACUUGACGUACACUGAAUGGACUACACUCUACGGAGGCAAGCGUCCGGGUCCACCAACUGGAGAUAAAGCUAACUUUCGACGGCUUCCAUUUGAUCACUGUUGUAUCACGUUACAACCUUUUCAACAUCCUUACUGUGAUCUUAAAGGCAACAUAUAUGAGCUGCAGGCCAUCAUUGACUUUAUUAAAAAGUUCCACAAAAAUCCCUGCACAGGGGAGCCUAUUGAUGCCAAGUCUCUGGUAAAACUGAACUUCCACAAAAAUGCUGAAGGAAAGUACCACUGCCCGGUGCUAUACAAGCAGUUCACCAACAACUCGCACCUAGUUGUUGUCAAGAACACUGGGAAUGUCUUUUCUUAUGAGGCUAUCGAACAGUUGAAUAUCAAGACAAAAAGUUUCAAGGACUUGCUGACUGAUGAACCAUAUAACCGGAAAGAAUUGAUUACUCUUCAGGACCCUGCCAAUAUUGACAAGUUCAACAUUUCAACUUUCUACCAUUUGAAGCAUGAUCUAAAACUGGUAGAAGAUGAAAAAGAGGAGGACCCCAACGCAAGACUCAAAUCUGUCAACUUGGAGACCAGAGAAACCUUGGCUGAGUUAGAAAGAGACUACAAACCAACCGCCAGUGAAGUGCCAAAAGCAAGGAAAAUGGCUGACAAAUUCAAUGCGGCUCACUACUCUACUGGCAUGGUAGCAGCUGGUUUGACAUCAACGGUGAUGGCGCCCGUUCUGGAGCAUGAGGCUGCAAUAAUUGAUGAAGAUUUGGUCCUCUAUGACAGAGUGAAAAAGAAGGGAUAUGUCAGAUUAAUGACCAACAAAGGCCCUCUGAAUUUAGAGCUUUUUUGCGAUAUGCUGCCCAAAACAUGCGAAAAUUUCAUGAAGCUCUGCGCAGCUGGAUAUUACAAUGGCACAAAAUUCCACCGAUCAAUCAGGAACUUCAUGAUUCAAGGGGGAGACCCAACUGGAACUGGUUUAGGAGGAAAAUCGAUCUGGGGAAAACCAUUUGAGGACGAGUUCAAGCCUAAUUUGACGCAUACAGGAAGGGGCGUCCUCUCAAUGGCCAAUAGUGGUCCAAACACCAACAAAUCGCAAUUCUUUAUCACGUAUCGCUCAUGUCGUCAACUGGACAACAAGCACACUGUGUUUGGAAAAGUGGUUGGUGGUCUGGACACGCUGAAUAAAAUGGAGAUGAUUGAGGUGGACAACAAGGACAAACCUAUUGAAAACAUCGUCAUCCAGACUGCUCAAGUUUUUGUUGAUCCAUACCAGGAAGCAGAAGAACAGCUUGCUGCUGAGCGAGAGGCGGAAUUGAAGAGAGUAGCCGAGGAAAAAGCUGCGGCCAAGAACAAAGCAAAAAAAGCAGCAGCAGAUGCUCCUCUCACUGUGUAUAGAGCAGGUGUCGGAAAGUAUCUCAACCUGCCGAGCACUUCACAAAUGAUCAAAGGCGAUAAUUCAACUGAAUCAUCAGAACCACAGCCGAAGAAAAGAAAAGAAAUCCCUGGUUACAAAUUUGGCGCUUUCAGCAAUUGGUGAUUGGGUUGUAAUCGUAUGCUUUGUAAUAUAAGAAUAACAAACAAAACUUUUAAAAGUUUCUUUUCACACAUGCGUCUUUUUUAUUUUGGCUGCCAUGCUAAAAUAAAUGUUAAUCAAAAUAUUCGUUCAUUAUCUUCUGAGAGAGAAGCUUUGUAAACAACAUCGAUCACUGAACCCAAACUUAUUCAUAAUAUUUAUAUUAUCAUUUUUAUUCAUCCUAACAAUGACAGGUUGGUGGAAUCGACAGUAAAUUAAAUAAAGGAUGUCAAGGCAAAAUUAUACUUUGGAAAAAAUAAAAAGUAACUGUUAGUAUACAAUUAA